CUAUCGUGCGGAGGGCGCUCAGCGUGUGACGUUCGUCUAUCGGAAGCGAUGCCCAAUCGGGAAUUCGCGGGGUUGUGGCUGAUGAUGUGGAGUCUGGAGACGUGGAGUUCCAGACUUCCAGUCCAGCCCAGCGCGAGUACAUUCUAAAUCCGUCAACCAUCCGGAUGGACUCGAAUGGAAUAUCACAGGUUUGCCCGUUACAUCUCCUUUGUCAUAUUAAACACAAGCCAACCACAAGGAGUAUCAUCCAAAGUGUUGCCUAAGUGAAUGCUUGUUGAUCGCCAGCUCCGGCGGUCACCAUGUGCCCCACGUUUGUACUCAUCACAUUCAGCGUGAUAGAAACAUAUGAAACCCCAUCAUCGUUGGAAAUUAUCAACCACUACACCCUGGGGACUACGCAUCCCGAAUCUUUGGCUUUCAGUAUGCUGCUACCUUUAUCCUGAGAGCUCCAAUGCGCGAGACUUCCACUUCCCAAUCCUCUCUGUCGAGUUGGAUAUCCCGCAAACGUCAACGGACCUCCCGCACGCCAGAUCCACAGCUCCUCUCGCGGACAACCUCCAGCAUGGCGGCAUUUGCAAAAGCUGCUACGACUACUGGUUCGGGCCGAAUCAACCACCUGCCGACCGAGUUGCUACUGCAGAUCUUCAAUCACCUUCGAUCCAGCUCUGCUCGGGGUAGUCUGCUGAACUGCAUGUGCGUCUCUCGCCAAUGGAAUGAGCUAUGCCUUCCGAUCCUCCACAAUCAUGUGGUCGUCGCGAUCCCGUGCCAGGCUCCCGAUCGAUACCACCCCCAGAUGGAGACGCUUGCAGCGAGCGGAGGUCGCAUCGACUGGAGUGAGCGCAUCGCUUCCUUCACCGUCCUCCUCGAUCCUUGCAGCGAGGCAUAUGCGCCUCCUCCGCCGACUUUCGCGGAGCGGGUGCGCCGGAUUCCUUCGGGUGUGAAGAAAGAUCACGAGGGAUUCGAGCAAGCUGCGGCGGCGCUGACUCGCAUGAAGAAUAUCACUACUCUCUCGAUCAAAACGCGUUCCACAGGGGUUCAGAUACCAUGGUGUCCGCAGGAGGGAAUCUUCAAAACCAUCAGUGCGACGCCAAGUACCGUGGUGAAUCUGGAGAUCGACACUCUUAGCGCGGACACGCUCUCAACGCGGCACAUCCAUCUCUGCAAUGCGUUGGCACCUCUCCUCCCUCAGCUAAAGCUGCUCCGACUGCGGAUCCGGUUUCUUUGUGACGACCUCUUCUCCGCGCUGGAGGACGAACAUGCCACUUCAUGCCUCGAGAAGAUCUCGAUCCGACUUGGCUACAAAUACAACUCCAUCUACUACCCCCUCGUCGCCUGCACGAAGCGCUGCGGAUCGGACAACAACGCACCGCCGUACGAUGCUCGCAUCGCCCUCGCUCGAAAAUCCCGGGAAUUGUACGAGGGACGAAAAUUCCCAAACAUCACGGCUUUUACGUUUGUCGACCGGCAAGAUCUCUUCCUUGGCAAUACGUUUUUACACAGUCGGGCCUUCAAAGUGUACGAUGUGAUCGAGAAUCAAACCCUCACGAUCCCCUGGCGUGCAAUGCCCUCUCCUCCCGCCGGUACCGUGGGCCUUCCACGCUAUUACGCGAUGCGAAUUCCCGAGGGGUUUCUUCGAGGGAGUCGAUUGGACGACGAAUUGGCCGAGGAUCGAACCGAAAUUAUCACCAAUGACUUGGAAGCGUUGGGGUCGGUGGUGGAGCGUCAAGAGUGGUACAGCGCAUACGGCGAAGCUCGUCUUCCGCUUUCUGUCCUGUACCCUCGCACCUAUUCCCGCGCGCUUCUCCGAUUCAGCCACCCUUAUUCCGGCCUUGCGGGCGAUGAACCCAAUCUUAUUCGACCUUCUCAGUAUCGCGAGUGGUUAGAUACCAUCACCGAGCCGAUCUGGCUGCUCGAGUCGGCUACCGGAGCCAAAGUCCUUGAGUCGAGGGUAAAUUAUGGCUUCGAGGAUACGGAGCCUGGGAUGAUCGAGAUGCCUGAAGGGUUGCGGUAUGAGUACGACGAGGAGGGCGCAACAGUGCAUCUGAUGUUGCAGGAUGGGGUGCCCGGAAUCAAAAUUCAGGGCUGGUGAACGAUCACGACUACUGUUAUUUUCUUGACCGUUUGCACAAUUGGUUUAGAUAGGUGUGCUUUGUUGGACAUUUACUCAUCACCGCGUUCACCUUUCAGUCUUUUCAGUCUUUUCAGUCGUUGUUUAUUCGGCAAGAGUACUCUUCACACCAUGUCGAUCAUUACAGACAUAGUACAUUUGCGCUGAUUUCAUUGUGUGGAAAAGCUCGAGAAAUGGUCAGGGUUGACGAUGGCGUU